GAGAGAGGGGCGGCCGGGCUCCCUGGACCCGGACGCCCCCCGGCUGGGCAGGUGACUGGGGCCAGGGGCCGGCCAUGUCCGCUCGCGCCCCGGUGCCCGCCGCUGGCCCCCGGGAGGACCCGCCCGCCGUGGCCGGCGACCGGGACGCGCUGUUGGCAGCGGCGAGCCGGCGGGCGGAGCAGCCGGCGCCCGGCGAGCGGGAGGGCAAGGAGGCGAGGGAGGAGCGGGCCGCGGCCGCCACCAGCGCGGGGGCGCGGGGAGAGCCGUCGCCGGCGCUCGUGCUGGGACACAGCGUGCCGCAAGCGGCCGUGCCCGUGAGGCCGCUGGCGCUGCACCUGGCGCACAAGGCGCGCGCGCCCGGGGGUCCCUUCGGCGGGGAGGCUCCGCUGCCGCCGCCACCACCGCCGCCGCCGCCACCUCCGCCGGCGCCGCGGGACCCACCGGAGGACGCCCGCGAGGACGCAGCGGCCGCCGGCCCCGAGGACAAGCCGCCGCCGCCGCCGCCGCCGCCGCCGCCAAAGGGGAACCCGUGGACCAAGAAGCCGCCGCAGCACCUGUCCCCCGUGGGCACCGGCGCGCCGCCGCCCGCUCAGGACGUCCCGGAGGCCGAGCUCAGUUCCCCAAAAAUUAUAAAAGCGGGAAAACUCAAGACAAAGAAAUCCAACAAGGCUAGUGACUUCAGUGAUAUGGCAAACUGGCCAACACCAGGUGAACUGGUGAACACAGGGUCUCAGAAUGUUAUCAGCCAAGGAAAUAAGAAGCCACAAAUCAGAAAAGAAAAAGAAGAGAAGAUUGAAAAAAGAAGCAACAGUGAGAGCAAAGAGAACCGGGAAGCAAAACUAGAUGGUCCUAUUGAGAAUGUUAGCGAGGAUGAGGCUCAGUCAAGCAGCCAGCGGAAGAGAGCUAAUAAGCACAAAUGGGUACCACUCCACUUAGAUGAUGUGAGACCAGACAGCCAGGAAAGACCUGGGUCCCGGAACAGCUCUAGAUGUCAACCUGAAGCAAAUAAACCAGCUCACAGUAAUAGGAAAAGUGAUUCACGAAGUUGGAGACGGGAUAGAGAAAAGAGAGAUGAUCAAGAUGAAGUAUCCAGUGUGAGAAGUGAGGGUGGUACCAUCCGAGGUUCCGCUAGAGGCCGGGGAAGAGGCCGUGGCCGGGGAAGAGGCCGAGGUCGAGGAAACCCUAGAUUGAACUUUGAUUAUUCAUAUGGUUAUCGAGAGCCAGGGGAAAGGACUGAUCAGCCGUUUCCCACAGAACUUAACACCAGCAUGAUGUAUUACUAUGAUGAUGGCACAGGUGUGCAGGUGUAUCCUGUGGAAGAAACACUGCUUAAAGAGUACAUUAAGCGCCAAAUUGAGUAUUAUUUCAGCAUAGAGAAUUUGGAGCGGGACUUCUUUCUUCGAAGAAAGAUGGAUGAACAGGGAUUUCUGCCCAUUUCCCUGAUUGCUGGUUUUCACCGUGUGCAGGCUCUCACCACAAACCUUAAUCUCAUCUUGGAGGCACUUAAGGAUAGCACAGAAGUAGAAAUUGUGGAUGAAAAAAUGAGGAAAAAAAUAGAACCAGAAAAAUGGCCAAUUCCAGGCCCUCCUCCACGAAAUGUGCCUCAGACAGACUUCUCUCAGUUGAUUGAUUGUCCGGAGUUCAUACCAGGCCAAGCCUUUGGCUCCCAUACAGAGUCUACCCUAAAAUCUCCAAGAACUGGAAGUCCACUGAAGCCAAAGAAAAAUACUGAAAGAAAUACCCUCUGAAUGGUAUCUAGAGGUUUGUCUACCAGUUUGCCCGACCUGGACUCAGAACCAUGGGUAGAAGUGAAAGAGAGGUAUCGUUCAUCCCCAGUGACAUUGAAGGGUUCAAUAUGUGUUCCUGAAGAGACAUCAAAUCAGCUAACCUUUCAAGAAGAAUCAGAAUAAGAAGAGCUUGAUUUUUUGUUUAAUGAAGAGAUAGAACAAACAGAAAGAAGGAAAAACAUGUUUACUGAUUGGUCUGAUAAUGAUUCAGAGUAUGAAAUCAAUGACCAGGAUUUAAGGAAGAUUUUGAUUGUAACUCUGACACCACCUUAUAUGAGAAAGCAUCUUGAAAGAGGCCGAACAGGCACCCAUGUAUCAUGAGCGAAAACUACAUCAGAGCUUGCCAAAGUGAUUAAUGAUGGCUUGUAUUACCAUGAAUAGGAUCUGCGGAUGGAAGGUGAAAAUACGCACACAGCCACAAAGCAAGGAGUUGAGAACUUUAAGAAGCUAAAUCUCAUUAGUAAAUAGCAGUUUGAGAACCUAACACCUGAAUUUCCUUUUGAGCCAAACUGAGAAGUUCCUGUAGCACCUUUGCAGUCCAGGCAAGGAGGUGCUCAAGAAGUGUUGUCUCAUGUGCCCAACAUCUACUUGACUGAUGAAUGAGCUUAGAAGCUGUUUGUUCUUUCAGAAAUGACUUCAGCAGUGGCUGGCACAAUGCCCUCUGCAAUUACUGCUUUUCCCAGGAUUCAUCCUGCAGGGACUCACAGAGCACCUCAAAUGCCCCAACUACAAGAUCCAAAGAAAACACCAAGAUUUUAUCCUGUCAUCAAAGAACCAAGCGCCAUCAACAUAAAGAGUCCACAAAAGAGGAAGACAAGUCAAGGCACAACCCCCCUUCUAGAGUCUCCCUUUGGGUGGGUGAUGGAUUCCAGGGACCACAGGCCAAGACCACCCUCUGUCAGCAGUUCCAAUGCUUCACCUUCAGAAGGUGCGCCACUCACGGGAGGCUGCAGCUGUGCUCCUCACUCAUUCCCAAAGGUCCAGCACCCUUCUCAUGAACUGCUGCAGGAAAACGGCUUCACCCAACAAGUGUACCACAAAUAUCGUCGAAGGUGCUUAAGUGAGAGAAAACGCUUGGGAAUUGGACAGUCACAGGAAAUGAACACCCUCUUUCGUUUCUGGUCUUUCUUCCUCAGAGACCACUUCAAUAGAAAAAUGUAUGAAGAAUUUAGACAACUUGCUUGGGAAGAUGCAAAAGAGAAUUACAGGUAUGGGUUAGAAUGUCUGUUCAGGUUUUAUAGUUAUGGACUGGAAAAAAAAUUCAGACAAGAAAUUUUUAAGGAUUUUCAAGAAGAAACCAAAAAAGACUACGAAUCUGGCCAGCUAUAUGGACUGGAAAAAUUUUGGGCCUAUCUGAAAUAUUCUCAAUCUAAGACCCAGUCUGUCGACCCAAAACUUCAGGAAUACCUCUGUAGCUUUAAGAAGUUAGAAGACUUCCGUGUUGAUCCCCCUAUUAGUGAGGAAUUUGGAAGAAAAAGACAUUCAUCUACUUCUGGGGAGGAGUGUCAUCGCCGUAGACUUCCAUGUCACUCCUCCACAACACCAUCAAGUGCUGCUAAGCCUGCAUCUGCCAGCGAACUGCAGGUCCCAACUAAUAUGCCCAGGAGAAAUCUACAGGAGCCCAGUGACAACUCACACCGUAAUAGUGCUGUCUUGGCCUCUAGGGGUGAAGUACCAGGGAAGUAGAUGUUUACACAAAAGUUGUGUGUUCUUGAAAUCAACGUUGGUGUCUAUGUAUAUAGGAAGAUC